AUGUUUCUCCAACACGCUCCUCUACACAUAUAUUUUUCCCUGCUAAUUUCGUCAAUUAUUCAAAGAGAAAAAAUGGCUUCUUCUUGCUCUCUUUCCUCCACUGUCAUUGUCAUGUCGGUUCUUGUGCUCUUCAUGAGGAGCACUUCCGCUCAUCACCUUACCACAAAUUUCUAUUCUAAAUCCUGUCCAAAAGUCUUCUUUGCCGUUAACUCUGUAGUCAAGUCUGCAGUGUCGAAAGAGCCCCGGAUGGGAGCUUCUCUUGUCCGAUUAUUCUUUCAUGACUGUUUUGUCAAUGGCUGUGAUGGGUCAAUACUCCUAGAUGAUACUUCUUCUUUCAAAGGGGAGAAAACCGCAGCUCCCAAUAAUAAUUCCGUGAGAGGAUUUCAUGUUGUUGAUGACAUCAAGUCCGAGGUGGAGAAAGUUUGCCCUGGUAUAGUUUCCUGUGCUGAUAUCUUAGCCAUUGCAGCUCGGGACUCUGUUGUUCUUCUUGGAGGGCCAGGCUGGGAGGUUAAACUAGGAAGACGGGAUUCAAAGACAGCCAACUUUACAGCUGCCAAUAAUGGCAGUUUCAUCCCUGCUCCUACUUCUAAUCUAAGCACACUCAUCUCCUCAUUCAGAGUUCAAGGUCUUUCAGCCGAUGACAUGGUUGCAUUAUCUGGGGCUCAUACAAUUGGGAAGGCUAGGUGCACAAGUUUCAGAAGUCGCAUAUACAAUGAGACGAACAUUGAUAGUUCAUUCGCAGAGAGUAGGCGAAGAAACUGCCCGAGUGCUAGUGGCUCAGGGGACGACAAUCUAGCACCUCUAGACGUUCAAACUCCUGAUUGUUUUGACAAAAAAUACUUCCAGAACCUCAUGAACAAAAAGGGCCUGCUCCAUUCAGACCAAGUACUGUUCAAUGGCGGAUCCACCGAUUCCUUGGUUAAACAAUACGGCCGCAGCACGAAGGCAUUCAAUUCCGACUUCGUCGCUGCAAUGAUCAAGAUGGGAGAUAUCAAGCCGCUCACCGGGUCGCACGGUGAGAUCAGGAAGAAUUGUAGGAAGCCCAAUUAAUAGGUGGAGAUUGUUAUUUCUCUUUGUUUUGAAACCAAAAAACAAAAAUGGUCUUCACUUUUGAUAGUGAACUCGCCAUGUUCGUGGAUGUUUCUGUUUGCAAUGGAAUUAUGCAAUUGGCCAAAAAAAA